AAAGGCAAGUUGACUUUUAAACCAACAACUCGACGUCUCUCAAUGGACAUCAAUCCCUCUGAGGCCUUGGAAAGCAUUACACAAUUUCAUAUUCGUUCUGUAUUUACUUUCAACCUAGAAGAAUGGCCCGAGUCUUUUCUCGAUACAUUGAGUGGAAACUUUAAACUUCUGAAAGUAUUGGAUUUCACGGCUGCUCCAAUCAAUCAACUUCCUAAAUAUGUGGGGGAUUUAUAUCUCUUGACGUACUUAAGCCUGAGGAAUACAAAGGUGAAGUUGCUUCCAGACUCCAUAGGCAAUCUACAAAACUUGGAAACCCUGGAUCUAAAACAGUCUCUGGUGUAUGAAAUACCAGCCAAGAUCAACAAGCUUGUUAAGUUGCGGCAUCUUUUGGCCUACCAUCUUGACUACAACUACGACUUGGGUUUGUUCUUGAAUAUGGAAAAAGGAGUGAAGAUACAUGAAGGUAUUGGAUGCUUACAAGCUUUGCAAAAAUUGUCCCAUGUGGAGGUGAAUCAUGGAGGGAUCAGGAUAAUCAAAGAACUGGGAAAGUUAAGACAGCUGCGGAAGUUAGGCCUAAAAAACUUGAAAAGUGAAGAUGGAAGGGCUGUGUGUGCUUCUAUUGAAAAGAUGAACCACCUUGAAUCUCUAAUUUUAACUGCAAUAAAUGAAGAUGAAGUCCUUGAUCUAGAAUCCAUUUCAACUCCACCACAAUUUAUUCGUGCUCUCUUCUUGAUAGGGCGUUUAGAGCAGUUGCCAGGUUGGAUUUCAAAUCUUCAACACCUCGUCAGGAUAGGCAUUUUUUGGUCAAGGUUGAGAGAUUCCCCACUAAAAGCCCUUCAAAAUCUACCUAAUCUGUUGGAGUUAACUUUGGGUAUCAAUGCAUAUGAUGGUGUGCAGCUGCAUUUUGAGGAAGGAGGAUUUCAGAAACUUAGGACGCUACAUCUGAGGGAAAUGAUGGGACUAAAUUUGUUGAUCACAGACGAUGAUGUCAUGCCUCUUCUCCAAGAGUUUCACAUUGGACCAUCCCCACAACUGAAGGAGGUGCCCUCUGGCAUCCAACAUCUCCGGAAUCUGACAUAUCUUUAUUUCUAUGACAUGCCAAAGGAGUUUGCGCGACAGAUGGAUCCAAAAAAUGGCCAACAUUAUUGGAUUGUUGAACAUAUACAAAAUGUUCGUUUUGGUUACAAGGUCGGACCAAGAGGGGUGUAUAUGAAACUCACGCCCUGCGUGAUUCCAACUUUGCUCAUUGGUCGAAUGCUUGAUUCCAACUUGUGAAACCAAGCAUGGGAAUGGGACAUGUUUUGGUUAAGAGUUGGUUGUUAGCUCUGGUAUCCUAGUUUCUCUUGCAGAUUGACUGGGAGGGGCUCUUUCUCUUCUGUUUUCUUUGUGUCGUCCAUUCCUGGCAUUUUCCUUGUAAUUUUAUUGGUGGUUGCAAAAAUAUCCUAUCUAA